AGUAUGGGGAUAAUCAAAGGAAUAAUGAAGGAAUUAUAAUUGUAAAAAGGAAUCUUUGUGGUGCAGUGCGGUUUAAUCUCGAUGGGCAAGAUGUAGGUUAUGCCGUUGCCGUUGAUGGUGCAAUGCCAAAGUCUUUGGGAUAUGGAAUUUUUGAGCUCGAUGCAAAUCACUCGGCACUCAUGAAGUUUCCGCAGCCCCCUUACGGGUUCGGUAUGGAUCUUGAAUCAAGUAGCAACCGGAAGUAUUCGCAGAUGUGUCUUACGUUCUUUCCUAUGUUUCCUUCUCAUUUUGUUUUAUCAUUUCGGAAUCAGGGUUUGUCAGAAUCGGAUGUAGCCUCUUCCAACGGUACUAGUUAG